AUGUACAUUCUCAUCCUCUUGACUUCGGCCGUGUUCUUCAAGGCAAUACUUGGCAAUUUGCUGCCUCAUUACACCAACAAAUCAACACCAGUCUAUGGCAACAUCACCUACCCAGAGAUCCCAGGAAAAGAAAUUCUUUCGAUCACAACCCGAGAAUAUCACAACAUAUCGGUUGGCUUGGACCCUUUCUCCCCCUUCUUAGGCGAGACCUCAAACAUUUAUGUCUGCGAAGUGAAUGUGACCCUCACGCACCCAGGUGUAAACGACACAGUCCUCGUCCAAAUAUGGCUUCCUCUUUCCCAACAAGAGAAUCCCUACAAUGACCGGUUUGUCGCCUUAGGAGGUGGUGGAUUCGCAGCUGGCGUCACAGGAGCCGGGGGAGGACUGGGUAGAUUCGCAAUCCAAGGAUAUGCUGCCGCUUCCACGGACGGUGGUUUGAACGGGACGGCAGAAAGCGCUGAUUCAUGGGGUCUCAACCCGAAUGGGAACGUUAACGUCGAACUACUCAGAAACCUCGCUACGAGAGCACCACACGAUGUCGUUACCAUCGGGAAAGCAGUAACGGAGAGUUAUUAUGGCUACAAACCAGACUUUUCAUAUUGGAAUGGGUGUUCGACGGGAGGACGACAGGGAUUAGAAGCUGCUCAAAGAUUUCCCGAAGAGUUCGAUGGAAUUCUAGCGGGCGCGCCGGCGGUGUAUUGGAAUGAGUUGGUUUCUUCCUUAUUUUGGCCGCAGGCCGUGAUGCAAGAGUUGGGUGUUUUCCCGACGAAUUGCGAGCUAUCGCUGUGGUUCAGAAGGUAAUUGACACUUGCGAUGCAGCGGAUGGGGUCAAGGAUGGGGUGAUUUCUAAUCUGGACGCGUGCGAUUUUAAAGCUUCUUCUGUAGUGGGAACGAAGAUUCAGUGUGAUGAAGCAGAUAUCAUUACAUCGGAGGGCGUAGCCGAAGUGGUCCAGAGAAUGUGGGAUGGCCCGAGUACACCUGAGGGAGAGCGAUUAUGGCACGGGUUUACCAUAGGAACUCCACUGCAAUAUACGACAAAUACCACAAUCGUGGAUGGAAAGCGUGUUGCUGCAUCACUACCCAUCGCGGCAACAUGGAUGCUGAAUUUCCUCGAGAAAGACCUUUCCUAUGAUCUUUCCACCAUCAAAAACAAGGAGUUUGCAGACUUGGUAGCUCAAUCCAUUCGCGAGUACGGAGAUGUCAUCGAGUCCUCCAAUCCCGAUUUAUCAUCCCUGAAAAGCACGGGAGGAAAGCUUCUUGUGUGGCACGGUGAAGCAGAUCAACUGAUUCCACACGAAGGAAGUUUGCAGUAUCGUCAGGAAGUAGACGCGGGAAUGGGUGGCACGACUGAAGUCGACGAGUUCUUUCGGCUUUUUCUUGCUCCCAGAGUUGAUCACUGUGGAUCUGGUAUUACUCCUGGUGCAGCCCCCGUAGAUGCCUUUGGUGCCUUGAGGUCUUGGGUUGAAGAUGGAACUGCUCCCAACGAAAUACCCGCCGAGAGCCGCUUUUACCCUGGCCAUCGCUUUACAAGAACAUUAUGUCUGUACCCCAAUGCUGCUAAGUACAAUGGGUAUGGGAACCCUGAUUACUUGGAGAGUUUUGAAUGUGUGGCAGUUUGA